AGUUGUUCAACAACACGAAAUAAACAUUCACAAAACAUCGCGAGAUUCUACAAGUGACGUCUCAGGAGGAGCACGUGACUGGAAUUUUCCACAGGCUGCAAUAAAGACAGUCACCUCCCCCAAGCUCGAUCUACUCUGAGUGACGACGACGGUGGUUUCGGAGGUUCUUUUCGCCGCUCUUUGUUGGUCGUAUCGUAAACCCAAAUUUCAAUACCCCGAGUUCUAGAAGUAAGGUAUACUUCUGAGAAGAGAUUCAGUUCUCCUUUCAAGAAAACAGCUUUUCAACUACUGAAUAGCCGCCCCUGCUGUGCAGCAAGCAAAGCAAUGGCCAAAGACGAAGUAUCACCCUCAGAGAUCACACGUGUUCGCCAGAGUGAUGGUAUCACUGUUAUCUUUGACCAGAACAGCCCUACCUCAUCUCCCUCCCGUUCUCGCAGCAGAUCUCGUGGAAGUGGCUCUGUGGGGUCGGAUCAUAACAGAUCACGUGUCAGUCACAGAGGCCGCUACAGGUCUUCAUCAUCUUCAGAAUCUUCUUCGUCCAGGUCGACCUCUCAUUCCAGGUCCCGCUCCCGCCCCAGAUGCCACAGGCCUUCAUCCAGAUGCCGCUGCGACAAACACUACAAAUAUGGCCGAAGGCGCCGUGACAGCACCGCACCUUGUCGGUACAGGGGUCAGUCUCGCUCACACAGUGACUCACCAUCGCCGGACAGAUACUCACAACGCAAGUGCAAAAGUUUCAGUUCCAGAGCUGCAAACAAUGUGAGCAGACGCAGAAGUCCAUCAAGUCUAAAUGUCAAGAUUUCUCCCUCCGCGUCAAGGUCCUCAACAACUUACAGGAGUCGUUCCAGGAGCAGAUCCCCGCAGUCUUCUCUCACUUUGAGUGAUAAGAGGGAGCUCCUCAAAGCUGCAAAGACCAAUGCCAUGAAGAUCCUGGGAGUAGAGAACCUAAGAAUUCCAGAGAGCGUAAAACCAAUCCUGGCGGAGCAGCUGAAGUCGGGCCGUUUGUCACCAGAACCAGGUGUAAUUUUCAGGAAAGGACCGAAAAAGGUUGUGUCAGAGAGCCAUGACAUGGAGCAUGACGACGUUUCCAACCCAAGGAUUUCACCUGUAAGGAGAACCAUCACUUUCAGUAUUAAUAAUUCAGUUGCCAAACCCACAGUGUCAGCGCCAUCCUGUGGUAAGGUAACGGCCAGAGUGGACAGCUACGACAGCAGGAAGCCUUACGGCAGCUGGCUUCCUGUUAAGUCCCGUCAUUCCUUGAAAGUGCGCAAAGGCACAAUUAGUAUGUAGAAGUAUACACUCGCUGUAAAUACUGUAUAUAUUUGUAUAUAUUUUUCAGAUGGUAAAGAAUUGAGAGGAAGGCAGUGAGGAGUUCGGUUCAGGUGGGAUCGUUUUUAGUUUUUUUUUUUUCCCCCUAAUGAUGCAGUUGAGUUGUACAGUUGCACUCACAACCGUUCUAUCACUUCAUGUUUGGAUAUAUUUGAAAGAAUUGGUGAAAUAUUACCAAUGACCACUAAGAGUUGAAUGGAAAGAGUUUGGACUUUUCUGCCUUUUGUAUUUAAGAUGUGUAUAUAAUUGAAAUAAACAUGUCUUUGAAA